AACUUGCCAUUUUUAUGACAGAUGUCUAGCAAGGAAAUAUAAAACAUAGAAUAUGAAUUCUGCUCAUGUGACGGAAGCGGUUCCACAAGAUGGGUCUAAUCCCAUUCUGUUCAUAAAUUUCAAUCAAGAUUUCACUUCACUUUCAAUCGGUUCAAAAUAUGGAUAUAAACUCUAUACUGUCAACUCUGUUGAUAACUUGGAAAAAAUAUAUGAUAACGCAAGUGAAACGACUGAUGUAUGCAUAGUAGAACGGCUAUUUUCUAGUAGUCUUGUCGCUAUAGUCAGUACAAAUGCACCAAGAAAAUUAAAGGUAUGCCAUUUCAAGAAAGGAACUGAGAUAUGUAAUUACAGUUAUUCGAAUACAAUACUUGCUGUGAAAUUAAAUCGUUUAAGACUGGUUGUUGUGUUGGAAGAAAGCCUAUAUAUUCAUAAUAUCAAAGACAUGAAGGUACUUCAUACAAUAAGGGACACACCACCUAAUCGAGAUGGUAUAUGUGCACUCAGUGUGAACAAUAAUGAUGUAUCAUUCCUUGCAUAUCCUGGUAGUACUCUUGUGGGAGAGGUUCAAAUAUUUGACAUCACUAAUUUGAAGGCAGUGAUGACAAUCCCCGCACACGACAGUCCUCUCGCUGCCCUCACCUUUGACUCUUCUGGUACCAAACUUGCAACAGCUUCAGAGAGAGGUACUGUUAUUCGAGUUUUUUCUAUUCCUGAUGGUCAACGACUUUUUGAACUCAGAAGAGGAAUGAAGAGAUGUGUUCGGAUAUCAUCUUUAGCUUUUAGUACGGACUCUGUGUUUCUUUGUGCAUCUAGUAACACAGAAACGGUGCAUAUUUAUAAACUGAUCGAUCCGGGGCAGGAGAAAAAUGCAGUCGCUGCAACAGAAGAUGGAAGUACAUGGAUGGGUUACUUUAACAAAGUUUUAACCACAUCCGCAAAUUAUUUGCCAACUCAAGUUUCGAGUGUACUGAACCAAGGUCGGGAUUUUGCCACUGUGAAACUGCCAGUAUCUGGAACACGAAACGUAUGUGCCAUUGUUAGUAUGCAGAAACUACUGCGUGUUGUUGUCGCAGGAUACAAUGGGUAUUUGUACAUAUACAGCCUUGAUGCCCAGGAAGGAGGAGACUGUUCUCUCAUUCGUCAACACAGUGUUCUGCAAAAUCAGUCUGAUGAUAUGGAACAGGGAGCAACAGCGACCCCUGAACCUGAUCAAGCUGGCGAAUCUCCUGACUCUAACAAAUAUCAGCACUUGCCAACUACCUCAAUACAGAUUGAAGCCUCUGCAUCACAUAACAUAGUAGAUGACAAGUUAUCAUAGAAUGGUAUUGGAGGC